CAAUGGCGGCUGAAUCAGGGAAAAUUAUCGUUGACAGGACAUUUGUUUAAAUUCCAUUCAUAUUUAAUCAUAUAUCUAUCUACAUUUUCUACAAAAUUUCGAAUUAAUUGCCUUGUUUGGUACAAGAUCAAUAAUGGAAUCUGAAGAGGUUGAGUUUCUGAAAGAUCAAGUUCAAAGACUGAGUGCAGCAUUGUCAAAAUAUGUAUCCGGUUCAUUGGAUGAGGAUGAUCCUCUAGAGGGACCACUAGCCCAGGAGGGACCUACAUCACCAUGGCUGACCGAUCACAAAGUGCUAUCUCCCCUGAUUACUGAAUAUGACCAGCAGCUGAAUCAGUUACAACAGGAAGUAGAUCUGUAUAGAGAGGAGAUGGGUAAUUUACGGCCAGAACUGGACAGGAUUGUCAAUGAAAAUAACAUGAUAUCAGCUCAGCUAAAGGAGAAACUGGACAACCACCUGGCUGGUGUUCCCAUUGACACAGAGGGGGGUGACUAUAGUCCUACGACGGAAAACGAGCAAGUCCUACAUAAUCUACAGACACAGGCCGACAGCGCCUUACAAGAAAAAGAAGCUGCAAUAUCUCGGUGGCAGGAGGCUGAUCAUGAAAUAGACCGACUACAGAGGGAACUUCAGAGUGAGAAGGACAGUCACCAGUGGAAGGUGGUAGAACAGCAGGCCCACAAGAUGCAGACAGAGUACUAUGAAACAGUUGGUGUUCUCAACAAGGAGCUGGAGGACUGUCAACAAGACCUGAGGUUAACUAAACAGGAGUUAGAAGCAACAUUGAUGCAGAACAAAGAUCUGAAGAAAGGCAACAAAGACCUGGAGCAACAGCUACAGUGGAAGGACCAAGAAAUAGCCGACAUCCUCUUUAAGGAGGGUGUGUCUGACAGCAGGGUUGGUGAUAUGAAGAAAAUCUUAGACAACUUGCAACAAAAAUUAACAGGAAAAACCAAAGAGUUAGACUCCCUGAAGAUGGACAAAGAAGGUCUAGAGGCCAGAGUUAAGGAAAUGCUGAAACGAAAUGCAGAGCUGGAAUCUAAGGAAGUGGAUGCGGUCACACAGGUCAGAGACGCGGUACAGAUGGUGGAAAAUGCUGUCCUAGAAAAGGAACAGGCGGAGGUGGAAGUGAAACAGAGAGAGGAAGAGAUUGAGAAACUCCAAGACUCAAUAAACAAGCUAAUCAAUGAAGCUGGGGUUCGCACGAGACAAGAGGUUGAUAACAUCCGACAACAAAGCAAUGAGAGGAUCACAAAACUCACAGAAGAACUUCACAGUAUGGAGAUGGAAAAUGCAGAAAAAUCUGAGAUGUUACAGAGGGCCAUAAGAGAGAAACGUAUGGUGGAAGCUGAGCUAGAGAAGUCAUUUAAAGAAACUAUGGUCCAGGCAGCAAAGGAGAAGGAUGCAUAUGAGGACCUGAACCGACGAGCUGUGAAUGCGGAGAGAAGCCGAGAUGACAACGAUGUUAAACUAGACACGUUACAAAAUGAACUACGCCGCCAGGAGAUGGGCAAUGAACAGCUGAAGAGUCAGUAUGAAACACAGUUUACGCAGAUGAAGGACAGAAUGAAGCAGAUGGAAAAUGAAUUUGAACACCUCAAUGAUGACCGAGUACGCCUUCAGAACGAUGCAGAUGAAAUGAAGAAAGUGGUAUCAGCAGCCAAAAAGGAGAAGGAGUUUGCACUGCGUAAAUACCAGAAGGAGAUGACAAUUUUGGAGAACGAGCAGCAACAGAAGAUGCAGGAUUACGAGGUACGCCUGCAGAGUUCUGAGGAUGUCAGUCGUCAUGCUAUGGGGGAGCUAAGGAAACUGCUGACAGGACAGCAGAGGAUGUCAGCCAAAUGGAAAGAAGAAUGUGAGACAAUAACAAAAAAGUUUGAAGUGAAGAUAAAUGACAUGAGGACAGAGAUGAGCCACAUACGUAAACGUAAUGAGGAGUUGACAUCUCUACUGAGGGACAGCCAAGCUAAAACACUAGAGGCUGAGAAGAUGAUAACAGAUUAUGCACGAAACAUCUAUCGCAUGGAGGACAGAGUUCGAGAGUCUGAAACUCGAGCAUCAGAGGCAACCAAACAGCUGUCCAGACAAACAGUGAGACAGAGGCAGAUACAGAGUGAGAGGAGAAGUCUGAUGAACGAGUUACAGCGAAGUACAGCAGGGUCACCAAACAGGUCGGCUAGGCUUGGUGACUCUAUGGUGAUUGCAGAUCUUUCCACUAGUCGCAGAACUGUAGACAAUUCAGUGUUACACGAGUCAAAAUUCAAAGGAGAUCUGGAGGAUGCUUUGUCUGACCGAUGACCACGAGGACGCUUUGUCUGACCGAUGACCACGAGGAUGCUUUGUCUGACCGAUGACCACGGUCGUGUUGUAACUAACACCGGGAGACAUUUGUGCCUCUAGUACCGAUACGAUGCUCAACAGAACUAAGAUAUGUGGAGGAAGGCUGGUACCAGAAUACGCCCAUAACUAGGAUCUGAAGAUGCAACGUCCACUGUGCCUUCCACUGCAGACAACUCUUCUUCCAAAUAUACAGUCUGUAACAGUAGCCAAUACUUCAACCUUCAGUAAACUUGUAUGUUGUUUAAAAUCUGCCCAAAGAGUCAAGGUUAUGUUUAGUGUAGUGCUCACGCCAUGAAUGGUUGCAUUAAUCUUUUAUGUGACACCGUCCCAAUUGAGCUUGACUUCACUGACAGAAAAUGUUUGUGAACAAAAUAGAUAGCUGACAGAACAGCCACUGGCUUUCUGAUUGUCGGACAGAAAUGCAUCACAGAACAGCCACUGGCUUUCUGAUUGUCGGACAGAAACGCAUCGACAAUGAGUUAUCAAACUAGUCAUGAGACAUUGAAUACAGUGUGGGAAAAAUUAUUACCUGUGUCUCAGAGCCAGGUAUGUUGAACACAGUAUGGGAAAAAUUACUACCUUUUGUCUCAGAGCCAGAAAUGUUGAACACUAUAUGGGAUAAAUUACUACCUUUUGUCUCAGAGCCAGAAAUGUUGAACACAGUAUGGGAAAAAUUACUACCUUUUGUCUCAGAGCCAGAGAUGUUGAACACUAUAUGGGAUAAAUUACUACCUGUGUCUCAAAGCCAGAGAUGUUGAACACAGUAUGGGAAAAAUUACUACCUGUGUCUCAAGGCCAGAGAUGUUGAACACUGUAUGGGAUAAAUUACUACCUUUUGUCUCAGAGCCAGAGAUGUUGAACACUAUAUGGGAUAAAUUACUUUCUAUGAGUCAGACGUUAAGAUGUUGAACGUUGCAUGGAAUAAAUUACUACUAUAAAUUACUUAAUUUAUAAUACACAUUUAUUCUCACAAUUGUUCUUCAAUGAAAGACAUUGAUUUACUUUAAAUAGUUAUCUCGCCAAACUGAUACAAUUCACAAUAUUGAAAUUGUUAUUACUUACUCUUUACAUAUCUCUUUGCUAUCAUCACUCCAUAAAUGUAUUCAGUCAGCCUUCAGCCUUAAUAAUGACGGCAUGACAAACUGAGUAUAUUCUAUCCAAAAAAACAAUGUAAGUAGCUGACUGACUUGUGUUUAAUUAAUCAAAAUGUUAAUAUACACUUAAAUUAUUUUGUAUAGUGGACGUGAUUAUAGAUGUUGGUAUGUCUGUGUGCUAUGAAAGGUCUGUUUGUCAGAAUGGGUAUACAAGAGUGUAUUUAUUAUAUUCAUAUUAACAUUGAAUAUCAUUAUAUUUUUCAUAUUUAUAAAGAAUGCUAUAAUAAAUGCAAAUAUUACAGAAGCAAUAUAUGUU